AGGUAAUCAAUCAUGAGCCUCACCCUAUAAAUACCAGCCUCUGGUGUUCGUAUUUUCCACACUCAAAGCUCUCUGAAUUCAUUCAACCAACCCUCUCUUCAUCACUUUCAAACCCUAAUUAGCUCAUCAUGGGUGUAUUCACUUAUGAAUAUGAGACCACCUCAGCUAUCCCACCACCAAGGUUGUUCAAGGCCUUUAUUCUUGAUGCUGACAACCUUGUGCCAAAGGUUGCACCUCAAGCCUUCAAGAGUACCGAGAUCCUUGAAGGAGAUGGAGGGCCCGGAACCAUCAAGAAAAUCACCUUCGGUGAAGGUAGCCAAUACAAGUAUGUGAAGCACAAGGUCGAGAAGAUUGACCACGCAAACUUCUCAUACAGCUACAGCUUGAUAGAGGGGGAUGCUUUGGGUGACAUACUCGAGAAAAUCUCAUACGAGAUCAAGCUCGUAGCCCAUGAGGCAGGAUCCAUCGUGAAGAGCACAAGCCAUUACCACACCAAAGGUGAUCACGAGAUCAAGGAAGAGCAUGUGAAGGCUGGAAAAGAGAAGGCUGCUGGUCUUUUCAAGGCUAUUGAGGGCUACCUCGUGGCACAUCCUGAUACCUACAACUAAAAAAAAUUUAGCCUCUUGUGUUUGGAUCACAUGCAUAAUGCCUAUAAAAUCUCCUGCAUCGAUCAAGAUCAGUCAUUAAUGUUGUUGUUGUGGCUUUCAGCUUGUUUUGUGCCCCUGCAGUCAAUCAUUUCAUUAGUCUUGGCUUGCUAAUAAUGGAGUUUGUGGUUGUGGAUUGUAUGCUUUAGUUCUGUUGAUGUUCUGCUUCAUGAGAGAGAAAAAAAAGCUAUUGGUGUAAUAAUUUCAAUACAUUAUAUGUAUAAUAAAAAUGAAUCAUAGUAAUAUUACUUGUAAA